AUGUCACAGGAGCUGAAACAACGUGCACCCGCUUCAGCGGAAAAUGAAAAAAGCCCAGUUGAUGCCACAAAAGGAAAUUUAGUAACAGUGAAACCUGAUUAUGUCAUUCAAGUGUUCUAUAAAUAUGAUCCGGAAUCCAAGAAAAACGAUCCGGAAUCUGAGGCUAACCUGAGGGUUCUAUCCUCCAUUUUGAGACUGAACGGGUUUGUUGUUAAUGCUAGAGCAGAUUCAAAUACGAAUUACUUGUUACUAUUCGUUCAGUUGAAUGACGAUGCAUUUGAACAUUUGUUGAAACUUUCCAACCAAAUAGAUGUCUUGUUCCAUGUUAAGAACACGUCAACAAACACAGAAAAAGUAUCCAUUGCUGAACGGUUGAGAUUGAUUUAUAUGAAGUUGACUUUAACCAAAGAGAAAGGUGGAUGUGGAAUUGAAGUUGGAAAGAACAACGUCAAAACAAUCAUGCCGGUCGGUAAUAUCAUCAAUUUGAAUAAGGAGGCAAAGAACAAUACCUCAAGACUCGGCAAAUUGUUCAGAAGUCCAAUUCGUAAGGAGAAUGAAAGAUUUCUAAGGGAAAACCUUGGUUCCAAUUAUGCACUUUAUUACAAAUUUGUUCAAGGUUACGUAUCAUCCGUUGGAUGCAUUGCGGUUUUCGGCAUUUUAGCAUGGUUUUUCCUUGGCAACUUCUCUCUUCUAUAUGCAAUCAUUAAUCUCACCAUUGGUCUAACUUGUUAUUUAUGCGUUUAUGGGCUAAACUUAAAAAGCCAGAGGGACUGGAAUUUGAAAAAUGUUAGCAAAACUGAAAUUAUGGUCUUGGAAGAAUCUGAAUUGAUACCAGAAUGGAAGGUACUUUUGCGUAGGAUUUUAUUUGUACCGGUUACAAUCUUCUGUUCAAUUUUUUUGUUUUGUGUGCAGUUUGCCUGUUUCUUAUUGGAGAUCUUUAUCAACGAAGUUUACGUUGGUCCAUACAAGUCUAUCCUUUCCUUAGUUCCAACAAUUUGCGUUUGUGCUGCGGUCCCUAUUAUCACUGCUAUCUAUGGUAUAAUUGCUGGUAAGUAUAUUGCAUUUGAAAAGAAUCCAACUUCUGAAAGGCAAAAUAAAUCAUUAUUGUACAAGAUGUUUUCAUUCAGUUGUCUUGCUUCUUACUCGCCUUUAUUAAUAACAGCAUUCAUAUAUUUUCCUAUUGGGUAUGCGUUGGAUCCAUACUUAGAUACUAUCAAAGCACUGACGCAAUCUAUCUCUUCUUCCUAUAAGUACGUUCCGCAAAUUCCAACUUUAGAUGCGGAAUAUAAAGUUAACAACCUGAGAAUGUCUAGCCAGAUCUUCUAUUUUAUGGUUAUCAAUCAAGUUGUUGGCACACUAACAGAAUAUGCGCUUCCAAUUGCUCUGUCUAAAAUACUAGCAGUUCCUAAAAUAGCUAGUUUUUUGGGUACCCCACCUUCAGCAAAGGAUCUUGAUAUGAAAUCAGUUGAUGAGCCAGAAGAACAUGAAUUUCUGGAAUUAGUUCGUGCUGACCUUUCUAAACCGGUAGCGAGUAUUGAUGCCGAUUACAACCAGCAUGUUAUUCAGUACGGAUUUUUGAUGUUAUUUGGACCUGUUUGGGCUUUAGGUGCACUAUCAUGUUUUGUUUUUGGUUUGAUACAACAAGAAGGUGAUUAUAUGAAGUACAUCAAAUUGGCAAGACCUUCAGUUCCUACCCGUGGUGAAUCAUCUGAACCAUGGAUUACAUUUAUGCGCUCCUUAUUAAUAGUUGGUUCCUUUGUUUCAAUUGCAAUUACUUUGAUGUACAAUCGUUAUGGGUCAAUGGAAAUUGAUAGUUUUGUUGGCAAAUCAAGUGUUCAAACCUCAUGGCUCACUGUUAUAGGUGGCGCAAUGAUCUCUUCAAUUCUAAUGCAAAUUUUGGUCAAAAGCUUUGAAAUGAUCAUUCAAAGUGUGUAUGAUGUCGAGGAAGAAAAGAAAUUUAACCAUGAGAUGAAAGCAAAUAAAAUCAUUUCUGCAUUUGCAAGCAAGAAAGAACAUCCAUCAUCGACUGAUGUUGAUUUCCUUCUACAGGAAGUAUCUACGUUACAAAGUACAUACUAG